AUGUCAUAUUACGAUAUAGACGAUAUACUAGCUGAUGCUGAAAAAUUACCAUGUCAAUUCAACCACACAAUCCCCGGACUAGGUUACCUCGAAGGCAACCCAGGGAAACCCAUUCAACAAGGUACCAAACUCGAACUACCAUUUUGGCUAGCUGAAAUCUUAGCCGUACUAGAAGUUCAAAACUCUGAUUCAUCAUUUAUUUCACUAAUAGACCCCGAUUUCAUCAACGAUAAAGUACUUAACGCCAUAAAGUCCGAUUCCAAAUCACUCGAUUUGCAUAAAUUAUCAUCACAAUAUUAUAACAUGAUUAUCAAAUGGGGCAAAUUGUUUUACGAACCAAAAUUAAUCGAACAAGUUAUGGAAAUGGCUAAAGAACGUAGUUUUGAGAUUAAUAAUUAUGCUAGUAAUAUUCACUCAAAACAUUUUAAUACUGAAUUUAUUUACACUUUGGAUGAAUUUGAAAAAAAAUUGUUCAAGGAUACUAGUGAAAGUAACAAGUUGAUGAGACAAUGGUUAAAAGAGUAG